CAGUGCUUCAGUUUCAAGAAACGGGGAAGCCUGUGUACAAAGUUAAAAAUGUUAAUUUGAACACUUUGUGCGAUCAUUAUGGUGCUCCGUGUAAUCCGCUAAAGGAACAAUUGAAAAAUAUUUAUCGUAAGGAUCAACGUUAUUGGUCUCGACGACCCAUUACUCGCGAGAUGCUAAUUUAUGCGAGUAGCGAUGUUUUAAGUCUCGUACCUCAAGUUUAUAAUGCUAUGUCUAGACUUAUAAAGCCGGAACAUGAGUGUCUUUUUGCGGAGCUUUGCGAAGAACAGAUUCAAAUGCACAUAAGACCGGCGAUUGUAAAAGCGCGUAAGAAGCAACGAAAGAUUGCGACCGAAUUGUCAGAUUUGAAAAAGAGAAUGGAAGAAGCGACGAGUAAAAAUAUCGUACUGAGUAACCGUGAAAUUCGGCUUUUUCGCUACUUGAUUCUUAUCGAAGACGAAAAGGAAAAUGUUGCUAGAAAAUUGGAAAGGCUAGAGAAUAUGGACCAUGAUAAAGCCGAAAUAGCAGACGAAAUAGAUGACGACGACGACAAUAAAACGGAUGAUCAUGAAUAUUAA